AUGGACCAAUCAAAAGCUGGGAAACACAGAAAAUUGCAGAUGUGUGAAUUGGAAGAGUUAAGGCACGAUGCUUAUGAGAGCUCAAAGAUUUACAAGGAGAAAACCAAAAGGUUGCAUGAUAGGAAUAUUCAAAGGAAAAAUUUCCAAGUUGGAGAUGCAGUAUUGGUAUACGAUUCUAGAUUCCACUUAUUCCCUGGGAAGUUUAAGUCCAGAUGGUUUGGCCCAUAUACAAUCAAGAAAGUGAUAGGAAAUGGAGUGUUUGAGGUACAUAUUCAAUCGGAGGGAACCAUGAAGAUCAAUGGGCAGAGAUUGAAGCCUUAUAGAUUUGGUGAGAAGAUGCCUGUUGAAAUGGAGGAAGAGAAUGAAGAUGAGGAGACUGGGCAAGUUGAAGCUGGAUAG